AUGACUUCAAAUAUUUUAGAGCCUAAAAAAUCGAAUGAAGUUCGAUUUUUUACGUUUAAUGUUAACGGUAUCAGAACUCUUUUUCAACAUUAUCCUUUCUCUCGACAGAAUGGUUCAUUGAGUCAGAUAUUCCAAUCUUUUAAAUCAGAUAUUGUAACUUUACAGGAGCUAAAGAUAGAUAGGGAUGCAGUGGCCAAAUGGGGUCGAUUAGAUAACUAUUACUCUUUCAUUUCGAUUCCUUCUAAGAGGAGGGGAUAUUCGGGUGUCGGCUGCUGGGUGAGGAUUCCAGAUGCAUCGGAUCCAAAUAAGAAUAGCUUGAAAGUAAUUAAGGCAGAAGAGGGCAUCACUGGAGUUCUUAAAAUCAGAGUUGAUGGUCGACUAGUAUCAUAUCGCUCAGAUUCUUCAGUAGGAAUUGGUGGUUAUGAAGAACUACCCUUUCAAGAUGAUACAGAAGCCGAAGAGCUUGAUAGCCAGGGAAGAUGCGUAAUUAUUGAACUGGCAUGUAAUAUUGUUAUUAUUUCAACAUACUGUCCUGCAAAUUCCUCUAACAGUGAUGAGGGUGAGCUCUUUCGAUUAAAGUAUUUACGCAUAUUAUUUAAAAGGAUACGGAACUUAAAAAAUGCAGGAAAAUCAGUGGUAUUAAUGGGAGACAUAAACAUAUGCAGGGAUUUAAUUGAUCAUGGAAAGGCUUUGAAAUACAAUGGAAUUGUAAUUCGGGAUUUAAAUUGUGGAAACGUUAUAGAAGAUAAGUACAGAAGACAGGCAUUUGAGUUUAUAGCGCACCCUACAAUGCAAGGCCGACGUAUGCUAAAUGAAAUGCUUGCUGAUUCAAUAGAUCCGGUUCUAAGACGAACAGGGAUUUUAGUUGAUACCACUCGAUUAAUCCAAGGAAGGAACAGGCUUAAAAUGUACACUGUUUGGAGCACUUUACGAAAUUCUAGACCCGUAAAUUAUGGCAGCAGGAUAGAUUAUAUAUUAGUAACGGAAGAAUUACAGGACAGAGUUAAAAAAGGCAAUAUUUGCCCAGACGUAAUGGGCUCUGAUCAUUGUCCUGUAUUCAUGGAUCUUUCUGUAGAAGGUCUCCACAAUGUUGAAGAACAUCAGUAUUUUAUACCAAAAUUUGAAUCUAGGUUCAGGUAUAACCUUGCGCACGAAUCUAUCACAGAUAUGUUCAAAAAACGGAGAAUUGAGGUAAACGGCACCUCAGCACACAUUGAAAACUUAGGUAACGAGAAUAUUAAUGCUAAAACUUACAAGACUUUAAAAGUCACACAAGGAGAUACUCCAACUAUAUCAAAAUUCCUCCAACAAUCCUCCUCAUCGCAACUACCGAGAAAAGAUACAAUUUCAGUAAUUGAGGAAUCUAGAAUGAUAGACAAUAACAGCAAAUAUCAAAGGAAACAUGACGAUGCAAAGAAAAGAAGCCCUGUAAAAUCCAUGAAUUGUAUCGAGGCAUACUUCGGCAAACCCCCAGUAUGUAAACAUGGGGAGGACGCUGUAUUGAGAACAUCUAAAACUUCCACUACCUUUGGAAAAAGAUUUUGGACAUGCAAAAGACCAAGAGGAGAUAAAGGAAAUGAAGAAGCAUCUUGUGGUUUUUUUCAGUGGAAAUAA